CGAGUCCGCCAGUCGCGGUUCCGGUCGGAAUUACUCGGCAGCGCACGCUGAUAUGGCUGCGCUGGUUGUGAGAAGCGCUCGGGACGUGCUGAAGCGUGCACACCUCGCCACCGUCCCGCGGAGACAUCGACAUAAGAAGAAAUGGGCUGCCACAGAGCCCAAAUUUCCUGCCACUCAACUGGCUCUGCAGAAUUUUGACAUGACCUACAGUGUGCAAUUUGGUGAUCUCUGGCCAUCCAUCCGGGUCAGUCUCCUUUCAGAGCAGAAGUACGGUGCACUGGUCAAUAACUUUGCCGCCUGGGAUCAUGUGAGUGAUGAGCUGGAGCAACUGAGGGCCAGGGACUUUGUGAAGGAAGCCAUCUCCCACGGGGAGCUGGAGCCUCAGGGUGACCAAACUCCAACUCCAGCCUCUGGGGCCUACAGCCCGAACCUUCGAUGCUUCACUUUUGCCAGAGGGGAUGUCAGUCGGUUCCCUCCCGCCAGGCUUGGCAGCCUGGGUGUCAUGGACUACUAUCUGAUGGAUGCUGCUUCCUUGCUGCCUGUCCUGGCCCUUGGCCUACAGCCCGGCGACACUGUGCUUGACCUGUGUGCAGCGCCCGGGGGAAAGACACUAGCACUGCUUCAGACUGGCUGUUGCCGCAAUCUCGCUGCCAAUGAUCUGUCCACUUCUCGAACAGGCAGACUUCAGAGGGUCCUUCACAGCUAUGUGCCUCAAGAUAUCAGGGAUAGAAAUCGAGUUCGAGUCACCUCAUGGGAUGGCAGGAAGUGGGGAGAACUGGAGGGGGACACCUAUGAUCGGGUGCUGGUGGAUGUGCCCUGUACCACAGACCGCCACUCCCUUCAUGAGGAGGAGAACAAUAUCUUUCAGCGGUCGAGGAAGAAGGAGCGGCAGAUGUUGCCUAUGCUUCAGUUGCAGCUGCUCGCGGCUGGACUGCUUGCCACCAAGCCAGGAGGCCAUGUUGUCUAUUCUACCUGCUCGCUCUCGCACUUACAGAACGAAUAUGUAGUGCAAGGCACCAUAGAGUUCCUGGCCAAUCAGUACAGCAUCAAGGUUCAGGUGGAAGACCUGAGUCAUUUCCGAAAGCUUUUCAUGGACACAUUUUCUUUCUUCCAAUCCUGUCAGGUUGGGGAGCUGGUAAUCCCAAACCUCUUGGCCAAUUUUGGGCCCAUGUACUUUUGCAAAAUGUGUAGACUGACAUAGCAUCACCCUGUUCCCCAAGUCCCGGUGUAGGAAGGUAAAGGGUAUACUCCCAUGGAGGCACCAGAAACUGAGACCAGUGACAAAGAUGCACUCUGGGUCCUGUCUCCAUCCUGUUCAAGUCUUUCUAUAGACAGUUUUCAGCAUUAGAAAGUAGGAGUUUUUCUGUCCUGCUGUCCAGUUGUGGUGCAUGAGCAGGUUUCUAACUCCCUUAUUAUACCCCCCCCCCAUUUCUAAGCCUGUGCUAAAAGUUCCUGCUCCAUUAAAAGCUUAGGGGAGGAGGCAGUGAGCAGGCCUACACUUUCAGCUGUAGACUUGGGAAGAAGCAUUUAGCCAAUAAAACUGUUGAAGCUCCAUUGAUCUGAGGCUGUAGUUGGGGCCUCCUGUCAGCGCGAGUACUCUUAGUGCCAUUUGUACCAGCUCCUGUUACUGAGCACCGACUCCUAGGGCCCAACGCGCAGGAACUCAGCCUGGUGGCAGACCUCUGGUUACAGAGCACCUCUCACGCUGGAAGUGACUUCUGUGUGUGAUCAGUCUUCAGCAACCGAUGGGCCCAAACAAACCUCUGUUAGUUCCGUAGUUCAGCCGGCCCAUGAUCUAAUUUAAGGAACUGGCAACUCUCAAUGGUAAGCCAAUCAUGAUAAUCUGCUUACAUGCACCAAGAAAGCUCUCCCGAGUUGCCCUCCUGUGAUCCAUAGCUCUGCUGCCCCGUGUGGCUGGGGAAGCUGCUGCCGCCCCAGGGCUGUGAUCCUCUGCUGUGUGUUUCUGCCCUGUUCAUUCAUGUAGCAAGAGUUCCUGGAGCUCCUAUCUGACAGGUAGCCAGGGAGCUGUUGGAGGUGGAAUGGUAGAUGGGACUGUGGGCCGUGAGACUCCUCUUCCUCCUUCACGGGAACUCUCCUCCUUUUGCUUUCUGAGCACGUAGGCAGGCAUCUCCUGAUAUCUUUUUCUGUUAUAUUACGCUUUUUUUUUUUAUUCCUGAUCUGUGGCUGAGCUCUGGUUCCAGUGGUUUGGCCCAGCCCCAAAUCCCUCAGAGCUCUUCCCCAGCAGCACAGGGCCGCCCCCCCACCACGGAUGUGAAGGUUUGGGGCAAUAUUACAUCAUUGCUGACUGCAUGCUAAUUAUGUUGUCUUUGUAACUCAGCAUAAGGAAGGUAAUCCCUCAAUGGCAGGGAUAUUAAAAAUUGCUUAUGAUCACUUGCAAAAUACUGCUUUUUUUAAUUAAAAAAAUUUUUUUUCUGAAAAACUGG